GGGCUAAGCAUCGUAUCUUCUGGUUGGCACUUGCAGAGCCGCAAGCCGCUUUUUUUUUCUUUUGCAAAACAGCAGCUUGGAAACUCCGGACCUUUUUUUUUCCUAUGCGUUCUCUAUCCUUCAAGCUUCUCAAAAGAAAAUAAUAUUUUUCAUUUUUCAAAAACUCGGGUUUGAAAAAUGUUAAAAAAAAUCCAAAUUAUAAAAGUGGGGAAUUUUUUUCUCCCCCUCUCCGGUGACAAUCGGCUUUCGUCUUUCUAGGGUUAUUGUUUUUUCUUUCCUUUGUACCUGAAUCGACGUCCAAAUCAGCUCUACAUCCUCUACGCCACCGCCAUUGCUCUCCUCCUCCGGAAAGUUCUACACCUUCUUCUCCGGUGGCAGGGUUUAAUUUCUGCUCUGAGGAUGGUAUCGUUGAGCUGGAGACACCAAGCAUUAAUUCAAGCGUUGAUUUCACGGGGACCGCUCAAGGAGAGUGACUUUCAGUCAAUCUUCUCCGGCGUCACCGGCAAAAACCCAGGAGUUUCUAAGAGGAUAUUUGACAGGUUCCUUCUGGAGAUAAACAAGGAGCUCUCCUACGUUCACUUUGAGUUAAGAGCAUGUAGAGAUCAAUACGAUGGCCAAGUCUGUUAUGGAGUGGUUAACAAUGUCUCCGAUGAACAGUCAAAGCUUGGUACCAAAUAUUCUGUUCCCCAGAUCGCAUUCUUUAAAGGCGUCAUGGAAGCUAUUGCACAGGAUGAAACAGCAAGUGGAAGCAUAUCAAGUUUCGAUGCUCUUAAUAUCCGGCCAGAGAACCAGAUAUCGACAGAGGCUGGCAGCAGUCAACAGGAAGUCCCUGCUGCAUUGAGGAACUUCACAAUGUCACAAAAGGAGAAAACUCUCGGUGAACUUGUACGUGACAAAUGGCUCUGCCUCACACCAGAAGGCAACUAUGGAAUUGGUAUCAGAUCUCUUCUUGACCUACGCAGUUGGUUCAGAAACAACAAUAUUCCUUGUUGUGAAGUAUGCAACGAGGCUGGCGUAAAGGCUGAGAUUUGCUCGAGCAGAGGUUGCACGAUCCGAGUGCACAAGUACUGCCUCAAAAACAUGUUACCACAAGGGAAUAAUAAAGUAUGCCCUGGUUGCAACAAAGCAUGGCAUGUUACCGUUACCAAAGUAGAGGAAGCCCCUGAAGAAGCGGAUGAAGAAAAUGAAAUCUCGGAGAAUCAGACCGCAGCUUCACAGCCAAAGAGAAGGAAACUCAGAAGCAACCGAACAUUUGAUACGGAUUUAGCUGGGAAUUGUUCUUCCCAAGCAUCGGGAGCCUCUACCAGUGGCGUGGCUACGAGAAGGGUUACACGAAGCACAUCCCAUUCUGGAUCCCAGCGUUGAUCUUUUGCUGAAGAGCUGCUGCUUUGUACAUUUUUGGGGCAGAUCUGAAAAUGAGUGUUGUUUUUUUUUUUUGUCUAUAUGUCUAAACAUGGCUAACAAGUCAUUUCCAUGCGAGGCUAAACUCUAAUGUAGUAAAUUAGGCGUUGAAGAAUGCAAAGAAAGUGCAUUGUGAAU